UUUUCUCUUAAUAAAAAAAAAAACAUUUUUUUCUUCUUAAUGGUCAAGGAUAGUGGCAGCAGGCUUUCACUCUCCUGAAAUCUUGUUAACAUGGUGGCCCCUGAAAUUAAGGCGCGUUCAUAGUUUGUCAUUACUCACUAUUACUACAGCGUUUUAUUUCACAGUUCACACACAUCUUCACUGAUGUGCAUUGUGCCACUUUCCCUAAUAUUGGAAACUUUUCAACACCCCCGCAUCAGAUCUUGAUCCCAAACCAAUUCAAGUAGGCAACAAAACAACGUGUGUACGAUGAAACCCACUUUAAGAUUCAUCGUUUUCCUCCUCACCCUUCUCCUGGUACUGAGGUUUAACGUUGCCACAGAGGUUAAGGAUGAGUUGGAGGAAUUGUUAGCAGUGGACGAGGAAGUAGAACGGGAAGCCGAAAAGGGUGGCGAGAAAUUAUCCGAAGCAGAGGUUUUGAGCAAAGCCCAAAGGAUCGUAAUUGAGCUCAAGAACGAGAACACAGAGAGGGUUGUGAAUGGGAACGAGUUUGUUCUUGUUCUGGGGUAUGCACCUUGGUGUCCAAGGAGUGCUGAGCUAAUGCCCCAUUUUGCAGAGGCUGCAACUUCUCUCAAGGAAUUGGGAAACCCUCUUAUUAUGGCCAAACUUGAUGCUGACAGGUAUCCCAAGCCAGCUUCUUUCCUUGGUGUCAAAGGCUUCCCCACUUUGCUUCUCUUUGUCAAUGGCACCUCUCAGCCCUACUCUGGCGGUUUCACAGCAGAUGAUAUAGUGAUAUGGGCACAAAAAAAGACUAGUACUCCUGUCAUUCGGAUAAGUUCAGUGGCAGAAGCAGAAAAGUUUCUGACAAAGUAUCAAACAUUUCUUAUUGGUCGGUUUGAAAAUUUUGAGGGACCUGAUUAUGAAGAAUUUGUGAGUGCUGCAAAGUCUGAUAAUGAAAUCCAGUUUGUGGAAACGAGUCAGGUAGAGCUUGCUCAAGUUCUUUAUCCAGAUAUCAAGCCUACCGAUCGUUUUCUUGGAAUUGUUAAGAGUGAACCCGAAAGAUACAGUGCUUAUGAUGGAGCUUUCAUACUGAAUAAAAUACUGGAAUUUGUAGACUACAACAAGUUUCCAUUAGUUACAAAGCUGACUGAAAUGAAUUCUGUCAGAGUCUACUCCAGUCCCAUCAAGCUUCAGGUUUUAGUCUUUGCAAACAUUGAUGACUUCAAGAAUCUUCUUGAUACUCUUCAAGAUGUUGCAAAAACAUUCAAGUCAAAGAUAAUGUUUAUAUAUGUGGAUAUUAAUGACGAGAACCUUGCAAAGCCCUUCUUAACAUUGUUUGGUCUUGAGGAAUCAAAAAAUACUGUGGUAGGCGCGUUUGAUAAUUCAAUGAGCUCAAAAUAUUUGUUGGAGUCAAAACCAACACAAAUCAAUAUUGAAGAGUUCUGCAAUAAUCUCAUGCAAGGUUCUUUGUCGCCAUACUUCAAGUCACAGCCAAUUCCAGAUAACACAGAAGCAAGUGUUCGUGCUAUUGUCGGGAAAACAUUUGAUGAUGAAAUCUUGAGCAGCAAGAAGGAUGUGCUCUUGGAGGUAUUUACGCCUUGGUGUAUGAACUGUGAGGCCACAAGCAAGCAAGUAGAGAAGUUGGCAAAGCACUACAAAGGAUCAAGUAAUCUAAUAUUUGCAAGGACAGAUGCUUCAGCAAAUGAACAUCCAAAACUGCAAGUGAAUGACUACCCCACGCUUCUAUUUUACAGAGCAGAUGAUAAGGCAAACCCGAUCAAACUUUCUACAAAAUCUAGUUUGAAAGAGUUGGCUGCAUCCAUCAACAAAUAUCUAAAAGUCAAGAAUCAAGUACUCAAAGAUGAGUUAUAGAACAUAUCAAAAAAGUUUUGGGAGAAAAACACUUAACCAUCUAGAAAGUAAACAUUAUGGAAAGAAACAAAUACUAUGAUUGUCUUGCGUAAGCAUUUUCUAAUUUUUAUAACCCUUUUAUGGUGGUCCAAAUAUAUGAUAAUCUAUUAUUUGGAUUAGCUUACUGCUAAAUCGCGAAAAGCUAGGCAAAUUAACAGCAUGUAAUGAAAUAGAUAACAUGUUUGAGAUAUCAAACAUUGUAGCGAUCAUCAUUUGCAUCUCAUAGAAAACCUGCAAAUCACAGGCUUAAAGUUGA